CUGAAUACGCAUAGACGGAAUUGUAUGUGUGCAUUUAAAAGGACAAGUAAUUCUGAUUGAAAGGAGACCCUUCUGAUGGUGAGGAAAUAUUCUCGAUCUUGUUUGGGGGUGGUGAUGACACGGAUGGGUAGAGCUGUCCAAACUCGUAAAAACUCUAAAGAUGUAUGCACUUUAUCGUUUGCAAAUUGUACAUCAAUUUUAAAAAGUAGAACAUAAUUCCACAUGUGAAUGAAGUUACUAAGUGCCACUCCCGUCGCCCAUAUAAAAGCCCAUUAAAUGUAGCUGCAGACGUGUAUUUUAGCAACUAAACGCACCCGGGCGAGACUAUUCGUUUCUGCAUGCCCUGCGCAGCCUGCAAAGGGAGCCAAAAGGCCGCUGGCGUCACCAGGGCGGGGCCAAGUCCCGAAUAAAGCCUGUGGGGCGCGAGCAUCUGCCGGGGCUGCGGUGAACCGCCUCGCCAUGAGCGUCCUCAACACUUCCGAGUCUCACGUCGUGUGUAGCUCCGGCCAGUUGUUUCUGCAGCCGGUCUGGGACCGCCUGAGGACACGGGAGGCCUUCACCCAGUCGCCCUUCUUCCCAGCCAUCUUCUCCAUCACCGUGUACCUGGGUUUCUGCCUGCCCUUCGCGAUGCUGGACGUCCUGUGCCCCUGGGUGCCCGCGCUGCGGUGCUACAAGAUCCAGCCCGACUUCUCGCCAACCGCGCGGCAGCUGCUGCCGUGCCUGGGGCAGACGCUCUACCAGCACUUGGUGUACGUGUUCCCCGCGACGCUGCUGCACUGGGCCAGUGGCGCGGCUCUCCCGCCGCGCGAAGCCCCCGAGCUGCUCCAGCUGGUGUACCAGGUCGUGUUGUGCCUGCUGCUCUUUGAUGCUGAGUUCUUCGUGUGGCACUUGCUGCACCACAAAGUGCCUUGGCUGUACCGGAACGUUCACAAGGUGCACCACAAGAACUCGCCCUCGUUCGCGCUGGCCACGCAGUACAUGAGCUUCUGGGAGCUGUUUUCCUUGGGUUUCUUUGACAUGAUGAACAUCACGCUGCUCCAGUGUCACCCGCUCACUGCCAUGGCCUUCCACGUGGUCAACAUCUGGCUGUCGGUGGAGGACCACUCAGGCUAUGAAUUUCCCUGGUCCACGCAUAAACUGGUACCUUUUGGGUGGUACGGGGGCGUGGCGCACCACGACUUGCAUCACUCUCAGUUUAACUGCAACUUCGCUCCUUACUUCACACACUGGGAUAGAAUACUGGGAACUCUAAAGUCUGCUCAUGGCAAGUGACAUGCGUCCCUCCCGGGCGGUGGUGGCUGCAGUGGGCAGUGGCCCCUGAGAACCAGGACUGUUGUGCACUUGAAUCAGAAGAAACACACCUGAGCUUUUUUAUUUUUAUAUUUUAGUAAGUAAUUUAUUACUUGAUAGAGAUUUAUAGAUAAAAUCUUGUUUAUUUUUGUAAUUUGAUGAAGUAAUUUAUAUACUUUCUGUGUACCAACAGUUGUAUACUUGGUGUUGAAUUCUAGUUCACUUCCAUAGCCUCAAUUCUGGGAUCAGUUUAGACAUUCAUCACUGGCAUAUUUAAGUCAUCUCUAAAAGGACUUGUUUGUAGGACAAAGAAUUUCUGAUGUUUGAAAGUGCCCUAGAACCAGGCAAAAAAAAAAACCCUGUUUUUUUAAUGGAGAAUCUGAUCUCUGAUGCUUUAGAAAAGGAAGCAUGUUGCUGCUGGGCAGUGACUAGGAUUGUUGUAAUUUCUAUAUUUUCAUAGAACUUUGUAUUUAUAUAAAAGAAAUGUUAUUUGUGCUUAAAAAAAAAACAGAAAUAAACCAAGAAA